CGGAGGUUUCAGCACUGGGCCCAGCAAUGCACACAAAGAAAUGUCGAAAUAAAGGUAUCUGAAGACAAGAGUGCCUGAAUGGGAAAGACGGAUCAUUUUUACUGAGUUGGCGGAUUGGGCAACAUAGCUAAGCGUUCUUAAGAGGGGCUCGGAGGGCGCGGGAGAGGCAAGGAGAAAAGUUUUUGUCAGCAGCAUCCCGUCGGGGGCGUCUCCACCCCCACCCUCACCCCACCGGUCCGCCAUCAUCCUGCGCAAGCGCGGAGCUGGCUCCGCCUGCGGCCCCGCCUGUGGCCUCUCCCGCCCUUCUCGGCGCCCGGCUUCUGACCUCGACCUUGGCUCUUUUUCAGAGUAGUCUCCCCUCACCAGCCCACCCGAAGGAGGUUACACCUCUCGGGAUACGAAAAUAAACGAGUUUUUCUUUCGGGUUUGAGAAGCUCCAACGUGGCGGAGAGCCUGGAGCCGGAAGCGGAAGUGACGUCACAAACAGGGCCUUUCUCUUCCCCCCCCUCCUUUUUUUUUUUCUUCUCUGAUCCCGGAGGCGUUCUCGUCGGUGGUCGGUUUCUUACCCUGGCAUCGAAUAGACUUGCCGCCAUUGAUUGGCAUCACAUUGACGAGGUCCAUUCUAGAACCCCGCGAUUCUGGCUCCUUCAGCCGAACAUUGACUGAAAGGACUUCUAGACCUUUACAGAACAGGAUAUUUUCUGUGUCCUUCCCUGCUCUGCCUAUGCCUACCACAGGAAUAGGACUUCCUAAUUAUUUGCUGAAAGAAUUAAAGAAUAAGCCAGACCUGAAAUAAACUUCCAGUACCUACAGUAAAUGAAAUAGGAGGAUUCCAUAUAAGCCUGUAUCAGAGGAAUGGAGAUUGCCUCUGUCCACUUAGAUUCAUAAGCUGUCCCGAAGUGAUCUUGGCAUCAGGGAAGGGAGUUCAGGCACAUUUCACCAUCAGCAUCACGGGAUGGCAGCCAUUGAUUUGUCCCAUGGCCUUCUUUCUAGAGAGCCUGUCUACUUUUAUGAAGAAAACACAGAGGUAGAAGGGACAGUGGCUGACGACCAGGCAAGUUGCUAUCAGUGUGCUCAGGAGCGUGCCACGAUGAGACGAUAGGACUAGAAGAGUGCCUAGCCUGGCUGUGCUGCUAGAAAUCAUGAUUAGGAAGUGCUGGUAAAGGCAUGUGCCAUAGGAGGUCAGCGGAGAGGGAGUGUAGAGAAGAGUUCCUAGGACCAUUGCACCCUGAGGAUGGAUCGCCCGCUCUGAAAACCCUGGAUAGGAUUCAGUGACCUUUGACGAUGUGGCUGUGGAGUUCACCCCAGACGAGUGGACUUUACUGGACCUGACUCAGAGAGACCUGUACAGAGAGGUGAUGCUGGAGAACUACGAGAACUUGACCUCAGUAGGUUGUCAGUUCUUCGUACCUGGCCUGAUCCCCUGCUUAAAACAAGAGGAGCUGGAGAUAGUGGAAAGUGCAGUUCCUCAAGUUUCAGAAUUGGAACUACAUCCUAGAAGUGACGAAUCAGAAUUUCAGGAUUAUUUUAGGAUGCAGAGUUCCAGUGGAAGAGAAAUGAUGGAUGAUUCAUCUCUUCAAGAGGCAAGAAGCCACAAUGAACAGGACCAGGGUGACUCUAAGCCAUGUGUAGAAGUGUUGGGUGAACAGUCCUGCCUUAACACAGAGGUGAGCAUGCAAAGUCAAGGAGAUACUUCUGAGAGUAACUGGUAUGGAAAAGACAUUCUCAGUUUGCUCAAGGAAACCUCUACAGGACAGAACCUUUCUGAGCUUAAUCAGUGUGGAAAAAUCUUUGGUCUGACUCCAAACAUCAUGUACCCUAGCACAAGCACUAGCACAAAUGAGAAACCCUUUGAAUGUACAGACUGUGAGACAGCCUUUUUUAAUCAGCCAUACCUUCAGGCAGAUAUGAGACCUCACAAUGGAGGAGAACCCUUUGAAUGGAAUAAAUAUGGGAAUGGAUUUAUUCAUCCCACAGGCCUUGCUAUGCAUCUUCCAAUUCUCAAUGCAAGAAACCCCUACAAAUUUGAGGAAUGUGGAAAGGACUUUCAAUAUUUUGCAUGCCUUAAUAAUCCCAUGGGAAUGUGCACUGGAGAAAAAUUCUGCGACUGCAAGGAAUGUUGGAAAGCCUUCACGGUUUCCUCACACCUAACUCAAUAUGUUUCAGUUCAUACUGAAGAAAAAUCCAAAGUAUGUAAGAUAUGUGGGAAGGCCUUUGCUAAUUUUUCUCGACUUUCUGCACAUAUAAAAACUCAUAAUGAAGAAAAGCCUUUUGUAUGUAAGGAGUGUGGAAAGGCCUUUAAAAAUAUGUCAUACCUAAAUGAUCACGUUAGAAUUCACACUGGAAUAAAAUCAUAUAAAUGUAUGGAAUGUGGGAAAGCCUUCCUUCGGUGGUCAGGCCUUACUGAACACAUAAGAGUUCACACUGGAGAAAAGCCUUACGAAUGUAAGGAAUGUGGGAAAACCUUUUCUAGAUCUACUCAGCUCACUGAACAUAUAAGAACACACACUGGAAUCAAACCUUAUGAAUGUAAGGAAUGUGGGAAGGCUUUCACUCAGUACUCAGGCCUUGCUACACAUGUACGAAUUCAUAGUGGAGAGAAACCCUUUGAAUGUAAGGAAUGUGGGAAGGCCUUUACCAGGACCUCUGGCCUGAUUCAUCAUGUGAGAACUCACACAGGAGAGAAGCCUUUUGAAUGUAUUCAUUGUGGGAAAACCUUCAUUACUUCCUCCCACCGCACUAAACACCUAAAAAUUCACAGUGGUGAAAAACCCUUUGUGUGUAAUAUAUGUGGAAAAGCAUUUGUAUAUUCCACAUCCCUUAACAUUCACAUGCGAACCCAUACUGGAGAGAAACCGUAUAUAUGUAAGCAAUGCGGGAAAGCAUUCUCCGUUUACUCACGCUUAAGAAAGCAUAUGAGAGUUCACACUGAGGAGAAGCCCUAUGAAUGUGAGGGUAUGGGUGUUGCUAUUUAGCCCAUCUGUUGCCACCUUUAAAUGUUGCCAGUGACACCAAAGAUAAUCAGAUUAGUCUUAACUGCCUGUGUGGGUUGUAAUCUCUCAGACUGGCAUUAGAUGCCAUCCUAAUUGUAUGAAAUAUGAUACAGAUGCCCCCUUGAACGUUUCUUCUUUUGGGCAGUGCUGGGGGUUGAACCUAGGGCCUCACACAUGCCCAACAAGCACUCAGUCACUGAGCUGCAAUUCCUGGAACCUGUUUAUGGAUAACUGAGCACCUGUGGAUCAUGAGGUCAGUGCUAUAGAUUGGCCUCAGUCUUGUGCAUAACUCCUAGGAUCGUAGCAUUUUUAAAUGCUGUGAGAUAAUGAAGCAUUUGAUCCUGUUGGUUAGUGGCUGUUAGUGUGAAAAUUCACCAGAAACCAAGAUGAUCUAGGGAACAGGUGGAUUGUUGAAAGACAUUCCUCCAGCCAACUGCCAACUACUCUGCCCCCAUUGAUCCUGUUGAGCAUACCAAGAUAUGGUUAUUACCAUUCUGAAUAGUCUAUUUACAGACAUUUAUUCCUGUGACCCUUUAUAAAAUUCAAGAAGUCCCUUCUGAACCACCUUUUGAAUCCAUUUUGAAGUGACAUCUCUUCACAUAAUCCAGUAUCUAUUUCUCUCUUCUGUUAAGGUUGCUGAUUUGAGGGUUGAACUGAGGGUCUCAUGCAUGCUACACAAGUACUCUGCCACUGAACCACACCCCCCAGGCCUUAGUUAUUUUCUUUAGUUCGAAUUGCUCAGUUAUUCAAGUAUAGAUAGGCUGAGAGUUUUUCAAGUUCUGGAUCCCUUUUGCUUAACAAUUCCUUCUUUGCUUCAGCUCUCUUCCCUUUUGUAUCUUACUAAAAGCAGUUAGGAGGAACCAUGUUGCUCCUUUUUAAAACGUGAUUUACAAAUGUGGCCUAUAUUUCUGAUUUUAUCACUCAGAUUCUAACUUCCACACAAAAUGCUGGACUACAGCUCUGCCAUGUUUGUUGCUACUGCCUCUCAGUGGUUGGUUUUUCUUGGUUCCUCAUAAAGCCUCUACUCAGUUUCAAAGCUGCUUGCACAUGUCUAGGGUUUUUUGUUUUUUUGUUUUUUACUGCAGCACCUAGUACAACAAUCUGCUGUAUUUGGCUUAGACCAGCACAGCAGAACACCAUAGGUAGCCCAGCUUCGUGGCUCAGUGGGUAAAGGCACUUGUUGCCAGGCCUUAUAACUUGCAUUUGAUCCCCAGGACCCACAUGGUGGAAAGAAAGGAGGACUCCUUCAAGUUGUCCUUUGCUUCCUUAUGAGCACCAUGGCAUGUACACCCACACACAUACAUACACACAGGUAUACACAACACAGAUAUUAAAAACAAAAAUGCCAUAGACCAAAUUGCCUAAAAGUCACUUAAAUUCUUUCUUAUGUUAGUAUAUAAAGUAACAAUUUCAUUGUAGCUUUUCACAUACACAUGAUGUUAUACUUUUAUGCUGUGUCCUCAUUAGGUCUCCACUUUAUGGAUAAGAUUUUAAGGUUGGGGGUUUAGCUCAGUGCUAAUAGUCCUUGCUUAACAUGCAGUGCUAGUUUUGAACUCCAGCACUGGAAAAACAAAAUAUAUAGAAAUUUUCUCACAUUUGUUGAGGCUAAAGGUCUAACAUUAAUGACAGCAUGGGGACUGGGAAGAUGGUGAAUAGAUAAAAGCACUUGCCACGCAAACAUGACCAGAACCCAUGUAAGUGCCAGGUGGGUAUGAAGGCCCACCUGUAAUCUCAGUGUUCAGAAAGCAGAGACAGGAUUCUGGGGCAGUCUGGCUAGCUACAUUACUUGACUCCUUGAGCUCUGGGCUCAAUAAGAGAACCUGCUACAGUAAAUAAAAUAGAGAGCAAUUGAGGAAGACAUCUGAUGUCAACCUCCACAUAUGCCACAUGCGCAAAUGAACAUACUUGUAUACACAUGCAAAAAAAAAAAAAUACUAGCAUGUUUGACUUUUGGUGAGGCCUCUCUUCUUGGCACGAAAUUUCCUUUACACGAGGAAGCCUGAAAAUGCUAUGUUCCUCCUCUGAUAUAGUCACAGCCUUCUUGGAUGAGGUUUCCAGUCUUUGACCUCAACCAUAAAGGAUUCACAGUCGUGCAGUGGUUUAGAUUUAGCAUGAAUUUGGGGUGUUAGUUCAGGACAUUUCCAUACACAUUCUGUUGGCUUCCCAGGCAGGCAGUCACAUCUGUAGAUAAUGGUGGCAUUCAUUUUCUGUGUGUUCCUUUAGAGAAAUGAGUAUGCUGUCCCACACAGUAGUGAAAGAAUAAAAGGAGCAUACUUUCCUUUAGAACGCUAAUGAUAUAUACUCUCAGUCUUAGUGACUUGCUUGUUGGAUAGGUUUUUUAAUACUGGGUUUUUGCAUAAAGAUCUUACAAUGCUUCAUAAUUAUUGACUGCUUUCUCUGCAUCCUUUGUGAUGAUCAUGUUUAUUUACUGGUACGACUCAAGUACCUAGGAUUUCAUUUGACCCAUAGUACCUAAUAAGUACAUGAGUGAGUAACAUGACUCUAAAAUAAAGGUGAUCAUUUAGUAAUGAUGAUGAUUAUUUAUUAGUUUUCUGUUAAUCUUGCAUUCCUAGAUACGGUCAAUACAUAAUUUUUACAUUAAGGAUCAUUUUUGUUUUGUAUGGUUGCUUGGGUAGUGAACCCAGGGCCUUAAGCACAUUAGGCAAGCAAGCACUCUGCCACUGAGCUACAUCUCCAGCCCAGUGGAUCAUUUUUAAUACUUAAGUUGAUUAUGUUUGCUAACACGCUAUAAAAGCUUUUCAUAGGUUAGGUAUGCUUCAGUAACAUUGGCAUAUAAAUUGUCUUUAUAUAGACGAUGGAAUUGGUGGUACAGGUUGUAUGUGUUUAGCUUGCACAAGAUCCUGGGUUCAGUCCUCAGCACCACCGAAAUAAAAUUUUAAAUGAGCUUAAUGGUAUAGCUGUAGAUUAUAACAGUGUCAUAUACUGAGCUAGGCGAAUUUCCGCCUUUUCUAAAUCCUUUACCUGUUCACUUGUUCAGUUAUCCUGAUCUAGAGUAAUUGUUACUGUUUUAGGUAUUCAUUUUCUGUAAUUUUAAACUGUUUGCUCAAUUUCUUUUGUUUAUAGGACACCUAAGAUUUCCAAUAUUAAGAUUUUGAGUAUAUUUUUCUAGGCAUGCUUUCAUUUUCACAUGUGAAGCAAAAAUUAAUUUUUUUCUUGUAUACCUAAUGUUUCCUGAUUGUAAAAUUAAGUUUACUCUGGGUCUGUCUUGCAUUCUCCAAUGAUCUGUGUAUUCUUUCCCUUGAGUUAAUCUUGAAAGUAUUCAGUAUUCUUGCAAAGAAUAUUUGUCUAAAGAGUGUAGUGCUACACAUUGGUAAGCCCAGGACUGAGGUGGGAGGAUCACAAAUUCAAUGUUACCCAGAGCCUGGGCUACUUAGUGAGACACUUGUCCCAAAAAGACAAAAAACAAGUGUACCCAAAGGUGCAUUUGGGACCUGGUAAAUCAUUUGGGGAAAAACUGUCUUGAACUAUUCAAAUUUUCUGAUACAGUUUUUAUUCCAUGGA